CUCUUGUUCAUGCUCUCUUGAUAUCCUAAUUUAUCUAUUCUUAGUAUUUGAGUGAAGAUCCUUCAUUCCACUUCUCAAAAUCUGUGUAAAUCAUAUUAAAACAUCUUUUAAGCAAUUUUCUGGUGGACUGGGUAUAUAUAUGGAUAUAACUAUGGAAGUUGGCCUGCCCAGGACUCGGCCAGUAAGAACUUAUCCCCGAGUACUAGCAGGGUUGCGUUUAAAAAGAAAAAUCCGUGACUCGCAGGCGCCUUUCUGGAAUUUGGUUUUUCUGGUAUCGUGUGUGACUGCAAUAUUGUUGGAUCCUUUGUUCUUGUACAUUCCAGUGAUCAAUGAUAAGAAAAAGUGCCUUGGACUGGACAAGAACUGGGGGACUGCACUGAUUUUUGUCCGUUCUUUUUUUGAUUUCUUUCAUUUUAUGUAUAUUAUUUUCCAACUGCAUGCUCACUUUCUUCGUAACCUCAUGAUCAAUAGAAGAGGCUUUUUAAAAGAUAGAUCCUGGGAAAUUGCAAGAAAAUAUUUUCUGUAUGACUUUCCCAUUGACAUUCUCUCAAUUCUUCCUCUCCCACAGGGGGUGAUCGGGGUUCUCAUAAGAGGCUGGAAAAUCCGGAACCCAAUGAAGUUACUGCAAUAUUUUGUUCUUAUGCAAUAUGUCCCAAGGUUAAUUCGGCUCUACCCAUUAUUCAGAAAAGUUAAAAGGACUUCGAGGAAUCUUUAUGACUCUACAGUCACCAAAGUAGCCUUUAACCUUCUUCUUUACAUGCUUGCAAGUCAUGUGUAUGGAUCUUUAUGGUACUUUUUGGCUAUAGAAAGAGAAACAGUUUGCUGGAAGAGAGCCUGCGUAAAUCCCCCUGGAUGCAGUCGUAUUUCCAUCUACUGUCGUGACGUGAAUUUGGGAGACUUCGCUUUAUUAGACAAUUUAUGCCCAACAAAACAGCCAAAUACCACUGUGUUUGAUUUUGGAAUAUACCAAGAUGCUCUUCAGUCUGGCAUCGUAGAGGUGACAGAUCUUCCCCAGAAGUUUUUAUAUUCCUUUGUAAGGGGCCUGCAAAUCCUCAGUUCUUUAGGUCAAAACCUCCGGACAAGUUCCUCUAUCUGGGAAAACUUCUUCGCAGUUUUGGUAAUCCUCUCUGGUUGGACGAUCUUGCUCUAUCUGAUUGGAAAUGUGCAGAUAUACCUGCAGUCGAGAAAUGCGAAAGCAGAAGAGAUGAGAUUAAAGGGACAAGAAAUAGAGCAGUGGAACGGUUUUAGAAAGCUCUCAGAUAAUCUCCAACACAAGGUCAGGAAAUACAGACAAUAUGUAUGGAGAGAAACUAGAGGUUUUGACGUCGAAAAUUUGAUUAAAAAUCUUCCCAGGGACCUCAGAAGUGGAGUCAAGAGUCAACUGGGCUUAGACUUGAUCAAGAAAGUACCACUGUUUGCAAGCAUGCCUGAAUCCCUUUUGAAUGAUUUGUGCGACGGACUGAAGCCGAUGGUGUACACAGAGGACAGUUACUUCGUUCGGGAAGGUCACCCAGUUGAUGAGAUGCUGUUCGUCAUGCAAGGCAAGCUUUCAAGCGUCGCAACUGACGGUGGAAGAGCAGGUUUCUACAACGCUUGCUAUGUAAGGGACGGAGAUUGCUUUGGAGAUGUACUCAUCUCCUGGGCACUGAAUCUUCAGUCCUCGAACGACCUCCCCAUCUCAACAAGAACGGUCAGAGCCCUUACUAAAGUUGAAGCAUUAGUUCUCAAGGCUGAUGACUUGAAGUUUGUGGUCUCCCAAUUCAGGCCUGCCACUAAACAGCAAGAGCAUUUGUAUAGCUACUACGCUGGUCCGAAGAGAUCUGACGCGGCCCGGUUAAUACAACAGGCCUGGCACAAAUACAAGAGAAGGUAGCUUGAAGCUCUCUUGCAUGAAGAAGAGAUUGGGUUGCAUUUGUAUAGGAUUAAUUAUUUUCCAUUUUUACCAUAAAAAAAUAUAGGUUUUGGUUUAA